AUGAGCCAGGAAACCGCGGAAGGACUCGAUGUUUCAGUCUCGGAGGUCUCACAACCCAAAGCCCACGAAUCGCCCGAAUCUUCACACUCGACGACCGGUCAAGCUUUGGCGAGGAGAACAGGGCAGACAAGGCCUCAAGAACAAUCAAAUAAUCCAUCGGAGAACACAGGCCUUGCAAACGAAGGAACUAAACAUAUUCACCGCUCGGGCCUCGUCACGCGCCCACUAUCCAAGACGAAAAUUCGCUCUGUGCUUCAGGCUCAUAACCUGAGCCCCAGCCUUGGUGAUCGCGUAUCUCGCUGGUUGAACGCUGAAUUAGAAAAUAAAGGGCAGGACAGAUUUAUUGAUCGAAACACAUUGCGGUUAGCGGUGGUGCUCCGUGGCAACUCUCUCUAUUCCCGAUACCUGGGUUUUCAGCAGUGGAAGGACGGGUUCGCGGAGAUCUGGAAAGCCAAGCUUUACAAUCGCGAAGUACAAAACAAAGGUUCUAUACUAGCACUGAAGGAAGACGGGUUGGCGCUGCUGGCCAAGGUCCAGACUGAUUGCUUGGGAAGCUUUCGAGAAGCAUGGCAAGCCAUGGACCAGAAGGCUCAAGCACAUGCUUGGCAACGCCUAGCCUUUUGGCUCUUGCAGAAUGAUCCUAAAAUGAUUUUGGAGUUUCUCAUUGUGACAACAGAGGGUCAGGUGAAGCCAGACUUUGGCAUGGUUGCUGAUUGUUUGAGGUACUUGGAUGCUUUCUAUUAUGCAGACUGGUUGAAGAAUUGGCGGAGUGGUACCUGCACCUAUCAGUCCGUGAUCGAAUCAUGCCUUCAUCCAAGCCAAUGGCCUAUAUUGACAUUACCACAAAAGGGCGCUCGGCUUUAUAUACGACGUGCAGGGCACGAAGCGGUUUCUCUGGCCCUGCAAUUUGCCCAAGAGAGAUCCCUCUAUAUUAAAGGCGAAACAGCAUUGUGCUUCAUGUGGCGAUUUACCGAGUUCAAUGAUGUGGACCGAGCACUGGAGGCUCUCGCAAUGAUUCCGAAACUCAAGGAUGAUGAGUUUUCUAUGGACUCACAGGGCGUUCACCGGCAUUGCUGCAAACUUUUGACCCUGGACACCGUGGAAGAGGAAACGGGCGAGCGUAAUUUCAAGAUUCUUCCGCAACUUUUGGAGAUGGGCAUUACACCAGAUCGAGAUAUGCUCAACGUUGUGCUUGCCAAUGCCUUCAAGACCAAUGAGGAGCUCGGAUCUGAUAUCCUGCAGUUCAUGCAAAACCACGGCCAUGAACUCGACUCCUACAGUUAUUUGACUUUGCUGAAAGACGCAGUCGCUCGUGGAGACCGCGGCAAGGUCGAAUCUCUCAUCCGCGAUGUUGAGACGCAGGAAGAGCUGCGUAGCAAUCCAUGGAUUGCCAGCAAAAUUUUCCACUCUCAUUACAUGUUCACGGUCAAAAACAUGGAUGCGGAUGCUGAUCCUUCCGGCAUCUUUUACUCGAUGCUUGACAUGUACAACCACAUUUAUGAUAUCACACCCCUCAAAGAACUCUCCAUCAUCCCUCCUCGCUACAUCCCUCGAAGUGACGGCGCCAAUGCUCCUCCUUCUCCAAUUCCCCUUUACAUCAUGCUGGCGACAUAUUUCCGCUGCCAAAACCGUCUUGCGAACGUGCAACGGAUCUACGGUCGUUUCCGUGAGCUCGUCGCCCAGGGCCAUCCUUCCAUCGCUCCCAUGGUGGAGACCGAUCACACCUACAACGAAUUCCUCAUCGCCUUCCGUAAUAGCCCGCGUGGCUUGCGAUCUUGCGUUGAGCUUGUUGAGGACAUGCUCCACCCAGCAAGUCCACAACUUGGUCAAACGGACAAGACCAUUACCCCGGUGAAGCCCUCGGUGCGCACUUGGACCCUUCUCCUGAGCUCCUUCAUCUUCCACAGGCAAAUACACGCCUCCGAGAAGAUCCGGGAGAUGAUGGACAAGCACAAUGUUCAAUACAGCGAUGUGACAUGGAAUACCAUCAUUAAUGGCUAUGCCAACGUGCAGAACAUCCCUGAGACGGCUGCUGCGAUCAAGGCAAUGGAACAACAAGGCUUCUCUAUUGACUCUUACACGAUGAAAAGCUUGCGUUAUCUCCGUGACCCAGAGCGGCUUUGGGUCGCUAUCGAUGAGCUGGACCGCAAAGCUACCGAGACGAGCCUGGCGCUUGACACCUUGGAGCCCGAGUUUACAGGUAGCAAGGAAGAGGAGCGCGAUCAGCUAAUUGACAGCGGACUAGAAAAGCUAGGCUCUAAGAUGAAGUCCCAGUUGUGA